AUGGCUUGGAGUGUCGACUUCAACUCUGGCAACGGCGAUUCAGACUCCGCGACCGUCUCGACUGAUACUAUGCGUGGCCCUGCCUACGGCGGUACCAUCUGCGAGCCGCCGGACUACUUUGAGAACUCGCAGAAGCGUAUCUUCUACAAGCCGUCCCAACUGGGAGGCGACGGACAACGAUUGCCGGGAGGUGUCGAGGACUCCAAUGAUGCCAACGCCACUGCCAGUUUCACCAUUUCGUAUACCUAUAUUGACUUUUACCUGCUGAACAAGACGAUCCCUUGGCAGAAGUUCACUCCGAGUGUCUUGGUGGCUCCCGGAGCCCUUGAUACCAGCUUCUCUGAUGCCGAUAGCCCAAGGAGAAGCACCUUCGUCUUUGCCACCACCGAGGAUGUUGAGAUUGUUGCUGCUAAGGAUAAAUCCCAUAGUAAGGGCAGCGAGGAUGUAGAGUGUGAUGAGACGGUAGAAUUAUCGACGUGUUGCGGCAGCAACAUCGCAGUGAGCGCAUUCCAUCUCGCCGCCGGUGACGACAAGAAGUUCAGGCGCAUAAGCGAACGCAAAGAGGGAGAAGUUCACAGUCCAGACAAAUGCAACCAGACAACCAGAGUCUCCCGUCACGAUAUAUUCUUUGUUCGGUCCUGUCUUGCACCAGUUGAAGGCGGCGACAACCACGUGGCACCCACCUUCCUCCCCUGGCUGCACGAGCUGGCCAAGCGUAAAGGCGUGUUAAUGAUUUUCGUCGAAGUUCAAAUGUGUGUAGGAGCUACAGUCAAAUUCUGGGCCCUCGAGCACUGGGGCCUCCCGUCGCCGCCAGGCAUGGUGAGCUUUUCCAAAAAGGCGCAGGCGGCGGGCUGCUCCUUUCGCGACGCCGGUCUGCGGUUCGACCGGCCGGACCGGCAAUUCAACACGCGUACGGGCGAUUCCGUGCGGCCGCUGCUGUUCAAGGCGAUUCACGGAGAAAUUGAGAAGCACGGGUUGGUCGAGCACACGGCGCGGGUCGGCGGGAACAUGAAGGGCCUCGGGACGUUAAUCGCGUGGGAUUGCCCGCGGAGGGAGGUGUUGGCCCUGGCUAGGGAGGUCGACGGGGGUUAA